CUUCUCAAUUCAUUUCACAUCACUUCGUAAUACGACACCGUAUGGCGUGAAUAAUCUGCUCCUCUCUUGCCCUAAAGCUGAGUUAAGGUUUAAACACACAAUAGCACUCUUUUGAUUUAUGUCUCUUUGUUCUGUUUUUGUCGGUUUGUGUAACCGAUCAACUCAAGCUAUUGGCUCCUUACUCCCUGAAAUUUGACUUCUCUAUUGGAUUUCACCAAAGUUUCUCUAUAUGAAGCAAUCUUUACCCUCACAAUUUCAUUAUAUUUGAGCCACAAGAAAAAGAAAAAGUACAUGCGUUUGUGAUGGACGGUGGUUAUGAUCAAUCCGGUCACUCUAGAUACUUCCAUAAUCUCUUUAGGCCUGAGCUUCACCACCAGCUUCAGCCACAGCCUCAGCCUCAACCUCAGCUUCAGCCCCAGCCUCAACCUCAGCUUGAGUCUGAUGAUGAAUCUGACUCCAACAACAAGUAUCCGGUUCAACCUGAUUCCGACCAGGUUACCUCGGGCUCAACUUCCGGGAAGCGUCCACGUGGACGUCCUCCAGGGUCUAAGAACAAGCCGAAGCCACCGGUGAUUGUGACAAGAGAUAGCCCCAACGUGCUUAGAUCUCAUGUUCUUGAAGUCUCAUCUGGAGCCGACAUAAUUGAGAGCGUCAACAAUUACGCUCGCCGAAGAGGGAGAGGUGUCUCCAUUCUCAGUGGUAACGGCGCGGUGGCUAACCUCACUCUCCGACAGCGGGUGACGACUCAUGGGAACAAUGGUGGAACUGAAGCCGGAGCUGGAGGGAUUGUGACUUUACAUGGAAGGUUUGAGAUUCUUUCCAUCACUGGUACGGUGCUUCCGCCGCCCGCGCCGCCGGGAUGCGGUGGUUUAUCUAUCUUUGUUGCUGGUGAACAAGGUCGGAUGAUCGGAGGAAGAGUGGUGGCUCCGCUUGUGGCUUCUGGUCCCGUGAUACUGAUGGCUGCAUCGUUCUCCAACGCAACUUUUGAAAGGCUUCCGCUUGAAGAUGAAGGAGGUGAAGGUGGGGGAGACGUCGGAGGAGGAGUUCCACCGCCAGCCACUUCAGAAACACCGCCGUCUGGAGUCGCUCAAGGAGAGCUAAGAGUUAAUAUGAGUGGUUAUGAUCAGUUUUCCGGCUGGGGAGACGGAGCCGCUGCAAGACCAUCAUUUUAGAUUUGAAAUUUAUGUCCGUAA